CUACGGUUCAGUAUAAAUGUUUGAAAAUGGCACCGACUGCGAACCAAACUUUUUCUGUGCGCUUUGGAAGGUGAGGCCAUGGAUUCAGAGGCGAGAAAUCUGUUGAUGGUUCUUUUAAUCUUAACUGCGAUCUUCACAUGUAGUGUUGAAGCUUGGACUGGUGAGAUUCAUGGCAGGUUUGUCUGUGAUGUCUGUGGUGAUUCUUCUAUUGGACCUGAAGAUCAUGUUUUAGAAGGAGCUGAGGUUGCUGUUCUUUGUAUUACAAAAUCUGGUGAAGUUCUCAACUAUCAGGCCUUUACAAAUGCAAAGGGAAUAUAUACAGUAGCGGAGACAAUGCCUGAGAGUGAUCGUUGGGAUGCAUGCCUGGCACGACCUAUCAGCAGCUUCCAUGAACACUGCACCCACCCUGCAGAGGGCAGUGCCGGAGUCAAAUUCACUUAUAGCCGCCUAUCUGGCAAUUUUCACACAGUCAGACCCUUCGUGUAUCGACCUGCCAGGUUGCCAACCUACUGCAUUUGAAGCCUUGUAUAUAUUAAUCUAAAUUCUUGCUUAGACAAACGGGACAGAAAAGCAUAGCGAAGUAUAGUGGUACUGGAUCUUGUCUGUAAUAUGUUCUAGUUUCUUUAUAUCCAAACUGGGAAUUUCUCCUUACCCAGGUCUAAACUAAAGGUUGUGGAAUAUGAAGAAUUAAGAGUAAUACAAGAAACUACUUAUAGAUGGUGCUA